UGUCCUUAACCCGUUAACCGUAUCUGCCUUCUUUACUUGGUGAUCGAUCCUGGUGGAGUUGCGGGAGAUCUUGGGUUAAAACUUGAACUUCCGCAAAACCUGUACUAAGCUUAACAUUCUACAAAUAAUAGUUUUCAACAGAAGCGUUGCCAGAACAUGUACUUGCUCCAAUAGUGUUUGAAUAUAGUCCUCUGUGACGAGGUUAGAGCCCAUUGACCAUUAUAUCAGACAACCACUCCAUCUAAUCAACUCCACUACUUUAAAAAUUGGAAUGUUGAACCUCUCCUCAAUGCCCUCCAACCUAUAUAUACAUACCCACACCACACUCCUUUCUCCAACACAAAAACACAUUCAUUUAGAGUGUUUUUUCACAACUCAAAAAUGGCCAAGCCUUUUAACCUCAACAGAGCCACAAUUUGCCUUUUAUUGCUUUCAAUCGCCCUUGGACUUGCCAGCUCAGCAAGAAUCCUCGAUCACUUGGAACCACAACCCCAACCAUUGCCCACUCCCACAGCAACUACUUUGCCUAGUAGCCAGAUCCCUGCUGUGGCCCCCACGGCCACGGAUGAUGAGGACAAUGUAGACCCACCAAUCCCUGAACCAGAUGCUCCAGCCACCGUGGCAGCACCGGUAGAUGACGUGGCAACACCAGUGGUCCCUCCUGUCACAACUGCUGGAGUAGCAGGAGCCAUCACUAGUGCUACAACAAAUUCUGGCCCAGAUGACGUGGCAGCUCCGGUAGCCCCUCCUGUUCCGGUGACAGCCCCUGCUACAGGUGCGGGAACCACCACCACUGGUGCCACAUCAGCGAAUCCUGGCCCACACGAGCCUCACUUGACCUUCUUCAUGCAUGACAUCCUAGGAGGGAGCCACCCUUCAGCCAGAGUAGUCACCGGGAUCAUCGCCAGUUCUGAAAUCAACGGCAUCCCUUUCUCCAAACCCAACAGCAACCUCUUCCCCCUCACAGGUGGGACCCCCCUUCUCAACUCCGACAGCCUCAACAGCCUCAUCAACCCCAACAACCUCCCGCAGGUCGCCGGCCUAAACGGUGCGUCGCAGGGCAGCACGGUAAUCCAAACCACUGGCAGCAGAGACAACGUCGUCAACAGUAACAACCAGCCCUUCGUCACCGCCGGGAACCUCCCUGCGGGUUCGACUCUCCAAACCCUAAUGUUCGGCUCGAUUACAGUGAUCGACGAUCAAUUGACCGAAGGGCAUGAGUUGGGUUCGGCUGUGAUUGGGAAGGCACAAGGGUUUUACUUGGCUAGUUCACUGGAUGGUACGAGUCAAACUAUUGCUUUGAGUGCUCUGUUUCACGGCGAUCAUGAUCAUGAUUUGGAGGAUGCAAUCAGCUUUUUCGGGGUUCAUAGGACGGCGUCGCUGGGAUCGCAGAUGGCAAUCGUUGGUGGUACCGGUAAGUAUGAGAAUGCCAAAGGGUAUGCGACUGUAGCGACUCUUCAUCACGAGGAUCAGCACACGACGGAUGGUGUGGACACUAUUCUGGAGUUCACUGUUUAUCUCACUGAGUAGGGUCUUGUUGUGUUGAUUGAUUAAGAUGAAAAAGAAGGACCUUGUGCUGUGGAAGUUCGCGUCUCCAUUGACUGGAUUUGGCAUUGAAGGAACUUUAACACUCUGUUACUGUAUCAGCUGCUGAGUUAAUUUAUUGUUGAAGUUGAUGUUUAUUGGCUAAUUAAAACAAUAUUACUGUAUGUGCUUUUUUGAAAGAUUGGUAACCCUAUCACAUCCCUUCAUAACCAUCGAUUUUAACAAUAACCCAUUACGACUUUAUUUCUAUGGGUCGUCUAUG